AGGUGGGGGAGAAGAUCAAAGACAAGGAUUGAGAAUCAGGGAUGGGAAAAGCAGUGGGCCACUGACAGCCGCUCUGCCUGCCUGGGAGGUGGGGUGGGGAAAGUGGGCGGGACAUGCUCCUGGGCCUGGCCCACCCAGAUCACCCCUACAGGCUGUCGGCCUGUGCGUCUGCAUCCGGUGGCCACAGAGCAACUUCCUCUAGAGGGAGCUGAUUGGAGCCGGGUGCCGCUGGCACCUCUAUGAUCACUGGAGUCUCGCGGGUCCCUCGGGCUGCACAGGGACAAGUAAAGGCUACAUCCAGAUGCCGGGAAUGCACUGACGCCCAUUCCUGGAAACUGGGCUCCCACUCAGCCCCUGGGAGCAGCAGCCGCCAGCCCCUCGGGACCUCCAUCUCCACCCUGCUGAGCCACCUGGGUUGGGCCAGGAUCCCGGCAGGCUGAUCCCGUCCUCCACUGAGACCUGAAAAAUGGCUUCGGGGCAAGGCCCAGGUCCUCCCAGGCAGGAGUGCGGAGAGCCUGCCCUGCCCUCUGCUUCUGAGGAGCAGGUAGCCCAGGACACAGAGGAGGUUUUCCGCAGCUACGUUUUUUACCGCCAUCAGCAGGAACAGGAGGCUGAAGGGGCGGCUGCCCCUGCCGACCCAGAGAUGGUCACCUUACCUCUGCAACCUAGCAGCACCAUGGGGCAGGUGGGACGGCAGCUCGCCAUCAUCGGGGACGACAUCAACCGACGCUAUGACUCAGAGUUCCAGACCAUGUUGCAGCACCUGCAGCCCACGGCAGAGAAUGCCUAUGAGUACUUCACCAAGAUUGCCACCAGCCUGUUUGAGAGUGGCAUCAACUGGGGCCGUGUGGUGGCUCUUCUGGGCUUCGGCUACCGUCUGGCCCUACACGUCUACCAGCAUGGCCUGACUGGCUUCCUGGGCCAGGUGACCCGCUUCGUGGUCGACUUCAUGCUGCAUCACUGCAUUGCCCGGUGGAUUGCACAGAGGGGUGGCUGGGUGGCAGCCCUGAACUUGGGCAAUGGUCCCAUCCUGAACGUGCUGGUAGUUCUGGGUGUGGUUCUGUUGGGCCAGUUUGUGGUACGAAGAUUCUUCAAAUCAUGACUCCCAAGGGUGCCCUUUGGGGUCCCGGUUCAGACCCCUGCCUGGACUUAAGCGAAGUCUUUGCCUUCUCUGCUCCCUUGCAGGGGUCCCCCCUCAAGAGUACAGAAGCUUUAGCAAGUGUGCACUCCAGCUUCGGAGGGCCCCUGCGUGGGGGCCAGUCAGGCUGCAGAGGCACCUCAACAUUGCAUGGUGCUAGUGGGCCCUCUCUCUGGGCCCAGGGGCUGUGGCCGUCUCCUCCCUCGGCUCUCUGGGACCUCCUUAGCCCUGUCUGCUAGGCGCUGGGGAGACUGAUAACUUGGGGAGGCAAGAGACUGGGAGCCACUUCUCCCCAGAAAGUGUUUAAUGGUUUUAGCUUUUUAUAAUACCCUUGUGAGAGCCCAUUCCCACCAUUCUACCUGAGGCCAGGACGUCUGGGGUGUGGGGAUUGGUGGGUCUAUGUUCCCCAGGAUUCAGCUAUUCUGGAAGAUCAGCACCCUAAGAGAUGGGACUAGGACCUGAGCCUGGUCCUGGCCGUCCCUAAGCAUGUGUCCCAGGAGCAGGACCUACUAGGAGAGGGGGGCCAAGGUCCUGCUCAACUCUACCCCUGCUCCCAUUCCUCCCUCCGGCCAUACUGCCUUUGCAGUUGGACUCUCAGGGAUUCUGGGCUUGGGGUGUGGGGUGGGGUGGAGUCGCAGACCAGAGCUGUCUGAACUCACGUGUCAGAAGCCUCCAAGCCUGCCUCCCAAGGUCCUCUCAGUUCUCUCCCUUCCUCUCUCCUUAUAGACACUUGCUCCCAACCCAUUCACUACAGGUGAAGGCUCUCACCCCCAUCCCUGGGGGCCUUGGGUGAGUGGCCUGCUAAGGCCCCUCCUUGCCCAGACUACAGGGCUUAGGACUUGGUUUGUUAUUUCAGGGAAAAGGAGUAGGGAGUUCAUCUGGAGGGUUCUAAGUGGGAGAAGGACUAUCAACACCACUAGGAAUCCCAGAGGUGGGAUCCUCCCUCAUGGCUCUGGCACAGUGUAAUCCAGGGGUGUAGAUGGGGGAACUGUGAAUACUUGAACUCUGUUCCCCCACCCUCCAUGCUCCUCACCUGUCUAGGUCUCCUCAGGGUGGGGGGUGAGAGUGCCUUCUCUAUUGGGCACAGCCUAGGGUCUUGGGGGUCAGAGGGGAGAAGUUCUUGAUUCAGCCAAAUGCAGGGAGGGGAGGCAGAUGGAGCCCAUAGGCCACCCCCUAUCCUCUGAGUGUUUGGAAAUAAACUGUGCAAUCCCCUCA